CCCCCCCCCCCAACCUCCAUGCCGCGGUAACACCUCCGUAAACACUAGCGGACCAGCACCCCCCCCCCCCUCUCUCUCCUCUCUCUCUAGACACUCUCGGCCUUUCGGCGUGUGGCGUCCACAGGUUCCCUGGUUCCGCUUGUCCUCUUGUUUCCCCUGCCUAGGCUCGGCUCACUUCAGUUCUUGGUUGCUGCCUCCGCACCUUGCUUCUGCGCUGUCUGCCGUCGUCCCUGAGGUGUCUUCCUCGUGCUGCCGCCGCCACCGCCUCGGUCGCGCAGGUGGGCAUCAUGACGGCGACGCCGGCGGUGAUCGGGCUGAGCGCCGGCAACCGCCUUCUCACCACCUCCUUCGGACCCACCGACAACGCCCACCCCCCCGCGCUGCAGUUCGCCGCCACCGCCACGCCCAAGCUCACCGUCGUCGCGCACCGCCCCUCCUCCUCCCCGCACGUCGGCGGCUCCUCCCCCGCCGGCCGCGCCCGCGCGCACACCGUCCGGGCGCUGAGGAACCACUCCGCGCCCGCUCUGGCGCCUCCUCCGCCUCCACUAGCGGCAGCUGACCCCGCCGCGGCGACGGUGGAGGCGGAGUUCGAGUUCGAGUCGUCGCUCGAGGCCAUCGUUCUGCUGCAGCGGUCCAUGCUCGAGAAGCAGUGGGAGCUCCCAUUCGAGGACGACAUCUCCUACACCGAGGACGAGGAGGAGAUAAAGAGCGCUAGCAAGUCGGCGGUGGUGUUGGCACGGUCGGGCGUGUCGGCGCGGCACCGGCGGAUGAGCGGGCGGCGGCGGGGUGCUGGGCGGAAGAGCGUGAGCAUCAGCCCGGAGCUGAUGCAGAGCCGGAACCGGAUCUACCUUAGGGGCACCGUCAGCAAGGAGCUCCUCACGCACAAGCAGGUCGUCCAACUCUCCAAGAAGAUCAAGGACGGCAUGUGGCUCCAGCACCAACGAUCAAAGUUGAAGGAGAAAUUGGGGAAUGAGCCGUCAUACAAGCAGCUGGCGCAAUCGCUACGGAUAUCAGCUCCCGAGCUGCGCGCGAGGAUGCGCGAGUCAUUUCUCGCGAGGGAAAUGCUAACAAUGAGCAACAUCCGUUUGGUCAUAUCCAUUGCCCAGAAGUAUGAUAACCUUGGCGUCGAGUUGGCAGACCUUAUUCAGGGUGGUCUGAUAGGGUUACUCCGUGGGAUCGAAAAAUUUGAUGCCUCAAGGGGAUUUAGGAUUUCCACUUAUGUGUACUGGUGGAUUCGUCAGGGUGUUUCAAGAGAAUUGGCUGAGAAUUCGAAAACAUUCAGGCUUCCUACUUAUUUGCAUGAGAGGCUGAUCGCGAUUCGUGGUGCAAAGUAUACAUUGGAAGAUCAAGGAAUUGCUCCUACAGUAGAGAACAUCGCAGAGUCGCUCAAUAUAUCGGAAAAGAAAGUACACAAUGCUACAGAGGCUGUGAACAAGGUUCUUUCACUGGAUCAACAGGCAUUCCCCUCCUUAAACGGCUUACCUGGAGAGACACUCCAUAGUUAUAUAGAGGAUCAAAACGUCGCAAAUGAUCCGUGGCACGGAUUUGAGGAGGGGUAUCUCAAAGAGGAAGUCAACAAUCUUAUAAAUUCAACUCUCAACGAGCGUGAGAUGGACAUUAUCCGGUUAUAUCAUGGCAUAGGAUUAGGAAAACAGUGCCAUACAUGGGAAGAUAUUAGCAGACAGUUUGGGUUGUCGAGGGAGCGUGUGAGGCAAAUAGGACUCAUUGCGAUGGAGAAGCUGAAGCAUGCCGCAAGGAGGAAACAUUUGGAUGCAUUGCUUGAGGAUUAUUGAGUUGAGAUGUUUUUCAUUUGAGUCAGUUCCACACAGCAGUGGUUGUAUAUACUCGGAAACAUAGGGUACAUCAUCCUUGAAAGGCUUUACCGCCACUCACUCUGCAGAUAAUUAUACAUGUACAUUUGUGACAAUAGGCGUGCAUGAUCAAGAUACCUAUGCUUGCGUAGUCAUUAAGGCGUUCCAGAAAAAAGAGAUGUGGCUUUUUCCUUGGAAGGUUUACAAAUUUUCUGUAAUAUAUGUAUAUGUAUAUGUAAUCAUUUAGCACCUUAAUCAGUAGAGCAACAACAUUUCUGUCC